CUCAACUGGUGUUGACCUUAUUUACAGCUCGUCAAGUUGUACAACGAUGGCGGGUGCUAAGUAUCUCUAUCAGGUUGGAAAAAAUAACUCAUUGCUCCUUAUCAGCAGCUUGAAGAACUCAAUUACUUGUCAUGCAUGGAAAGGUGUCUCCUGCACACAUUUUAGAGGGAUAACAACGACGCCAUUUCCAGAAUUUCAAGGAGACUCUCGGUUUAAAUCUCAUGCAGAUUUGCACAAUGCGAGUUUGCAGAAUCCAGACCAUUUUUGGGGUACACUUGCCAAAUCUAGGUUACAGUGGUUUCAGACAUUUAACCAAGUGAAAGACUGUGAUAUAAACAAGGGACAUAUACGCUGGUUUAUGGAUGGGAAGCUGAAUGCGUCUGUUAACUGUGUGGACAGAUAUGCAGAGAAGAAUGGUGAUGCUAUAGCCUUGAUCUGGGAGAAAGAUGAACCGGGAACGGAGGAAUAUGUUAGCUACAGGCAGCUGUCACAAAUGGUCAACAAGAUGGCUAAUAUGCUCAAGAGUUUUGGCGUAUGUCGUGGAGACCGUGUGGCUAUCUAUCUUCCUACCUCACCAGUCGCUGUGGCAGUCAUGAUGGCGUGUGCUAGGAUCGGGGCCAUCCAUAGUGUGGUGUUCGCUGGGUUUAGUGCUGAGGCUCUGGCUGGAAGGAUCAUUGAUGCUGAUGCUGAGACUGUGAUAACAUCUGACGAGGGAGUGAGAGGAGGGAAGAUCAUCCCCCUCAAACAGACCGUGGACGCCGCCGUGGCCAACUGUCCAUGUGUAAAACGGGUGUUUGUUUACCAGAGGACUGGGAAUCCUGUCCCUAUGGGCAAACUGGACAUCUCCCUAGACAAGGAAAUGGCUAGCCAGUCAGACGUGUGUGAACCAGAGAAGAUGGGGAGUGAGGACCUCCUGUUUAUGCUGUAUACCUCAGGGUCAACAGGGAAACCCAAAGGGAUCGCACACUCCACCGCCGGAUAUCUUCUGUACGCUGGUAUCACACAAAGGCAUGUGUUUGACUAUCGGGAGGGUGAGAGGUUCGGCUGUGUGGCAGACAUUGGUUGGAUCACCGGCCACACCUAUGUGGUGUACGGACCACUGAGUAAUGGUGCCACAACGGUGUUGUUUGAGAGUACACCCACCUACCCAAAUCCAGGGCGGUACUGGGAGAUGGUGCAGCGACUGAGUCUGGACCAUAUUUACUUGGCCCCAACCUCCUUACGACUCCUGCUCAAGGAAGGCAAUGAGUGGGUGAAAAAGUAUGACCGGUCUUCACUCAGGAAACUUGGCUGUGUUGGUGAGCCAUUGAAUACUGAAGCAUAUGACUGGUACAAUGAUGUUGUUGGAGAUGGCAAGUGUGAGGUUGUGGAUACCUGGUGGCAGACAGAGACUGGAGGGAUAGCUUUAGCACCCAGACCAUCUGCUCCAGGAGCCAAGAUAGUAGCGUCCAAACCCAUGAGACCACAUUUUGGGAUUCAACCUGCUCUGAUGGACAAGGAUGGAAAGGAACUGACUGGCAGUAAUGUACAAGGAGCCCUGUGUAUUAAGUCAGUGUGGCCUGGUAUGGCACGUACAAUAUACGGGGACCACAAACGCUUCCUCGACACCUACUAUAACCCAUACCCUGGUUACUACUUCAGUGGGGAUGGAGCGCAUCGGUGUGAGGACGGGUACUACCAGAUCACAGGACGGAUGGACGAUGUUAUCAAUGUCAGCGGCCACAGAAUAGGCACAGCUGAAGUGGAGGAUGCCAUGGAUGAUCAUUCACAAGUGGCCGAGACGGCUGUGGUUGGCUUCCCUCACGACAUCAAAGGAGAAGGUAUAUAUGCUUUUGUGGUGACCAUGGAAGACAUUAAUCCAGAGGAUGCUGAUACUUUAAGAGAUCAACUUAAAUCCAUUGUCAAGACCAGGAUAGGUGGCUUCGCUCAACCAGACAGGAUUCUGUUUACUCCUGGAUUACCAAAGACAAGGUCUGGGAAAAUAAUGAGAAGAAUUUUGCGAAAGGUUGCAGACAACAAACCAGAGGAACUUGGUGAUAUAUCUACACUGGUUGACCCGUCUGUUGUUGAGAUUCUGGUACAGAAACAUGGUGAGGAGUUCAAGGUCUGAGGCCCUUCUGUUACAGCUAGGCAGCUCGUAGACCAAUCAAAGCAGCUGUUUAUCUCGUGAAUAAUUCCAUUACAUACAUGUAGUGCAACCUUGGUUUCUGAAGUCUAAUGUGAGCGGUCCAACAUUCAGGACCAGGGACAUGGCUAAAUUUUCAUAAUUUUCAUAUUGAGAGUUUUAGCUGUGUAAUGUAUCUGUGAAACGAGUUACACUACUUUCCUUAUUAGACGGCCAAUUAUAAAAUAUAUUGACUAUUGCUAGUAACGGGAUAAUAAUAUAUAAUGUUGAGGGAAACUGUACACUUCUACAGAGAAUUGGUGUACUAGAAGCUACAGAGAAUUGGUGUACUAGAAGCUACAGAGAAUUGGUGUACUAGAAGCUACAGAGAAUUGGUGUACUAGAAGCUACAGAGAAUUGGUGUACUAGAAGCUACAGAGAAUUGGUGUACUAGAAGCUACAGAGAAUUGGUGUACUAGAAGCUACAGAGAAUUGGUGUACUAGAAGCUACAGAGAAUUGGUGUACUAGAAGCUACAGAGAAUUGGUGUACUAGAAGCUUACUGUAGAAGUGUCCUUGUCAUUUAUCUACAUUUCCUACCGUUCUGGUCAUGUUUGUUAUGAAAACUUAAGACUCAGGUGUUGUUUAAGGUUCAAAUGAGACCGGAAACCGUUACAUUUUCUGUUAGAGAAUCAUUUUAGGUCAAGGCCUAUAGUUUUUCAUUGAGUAAGAAAUGAAUGCUGUUUUUCUUUGGUUUUUUUUGUGUAUUCUUGUCUGUUUGUAAGAAAUUUUAUAUUGAGGUGUUUGUAAGAAAAAUCUGUUGAAAAUAUUUUUAUAUUGAAAUUUGUUUGAAAUUUGAGAAGACACUAAAUCAUACAAUGUGGUGGUGGCAUAAUUCAGGAUAAAGGUUGUUCAUCCUUCAUCAGCCUUCUCUGCCUUUUGGAGAGGAGCCCUCACAACUGAUGCUUAAAAUCUUAUUCUGAUACAUCUUUGUUUUUUGCUGAAAUUCAGUUUUAUAGAAUAGUCAUUGUAUUGUUUGCAAUAGCAGUGACUAUAUCACAUUAGUGUUUUAUCAUAUAGGGCAUUUUUAUUUUUUUUUAUGAAUAUUUUUGAGGUUUUUUUUUAACAUGGUUUCGCCCAAACAUUUGGUUAUCAAGUACAUUGUAUAUCAUCUGGUGCUAUAGUAACAAAUUAUAAAAAUGUUCACAAUGAAGUUGCAUCAGCUUUUUAAAUCAGUUUACAUUUGCCAAAUAUUGUUGUGAUCAUAACUUAAGGUAUCGUGAUGUUGUAAUAAUUUGUAUACACAUGUAUAACGAACAUGAACUAUGCAACCAUGAUCAUAAAUGGUAAAAAUCUAUUAUCUUUUGAAGAGAUAUCGUGUGAAAGCAACAUACAAUCCAAAAACUGCCAAUUCUGAUCAAGUAUUAAAGUGGUAAGUUUUUGGUUGGUGAUGCCCGUUAGCCCUUGCAUUAACAUACCAAGUUUUAGAUAGGAGGGUGUGAUUAGGUAAGAAAUGUCUGUUUUUAGUACAAAGUCCUUACAUUAAGUGAGAAGUUUUAGGUUGGUGGGUACUGCUAGCAUGUUUAAGGUUAGCAGUGCCUAAUUUAAGUGCUAACACCUUGAAUUACAUUGUGAAGGUGUAGUUUGAAGGUUGCUGCUAGCAUGUUUAAGGUUAGCAGUGCCUGUUUUCAGAGCUAAGACCUUGCAUUAAAGUGAAAGUAAUUUCUGGAAUAUCUAAUUCACCUUCAAUCUUACAUGUCAGCAACGAUUGUGAGUUUCAUGGUUGCUAUUUUAAAACUGGUUAUUCUUGGGUUUUUUUAUGCAAAUGAAUUUUUUUUUAUGGAAAGGUACACCGUUACAUAGUUUUGUUGUCAGUUUACUGAAGGACAAGAGCUAUGGCAACACAAACUUAAUGGUGACAGGUUACCAACAUCCAGUACAAUAUAUUUCAGCUGAUAUUAAUAGAUUGUGAUAAACUACCGUUGUGAAAUUGAAUGUCUUUUACAUAUGUAAAUUUAUUUUAAGACAACCAUGUGAUAACACCUCAAUACUGUGACAGAAAACUUUAAAAUAUCUAGUUCACCUGGUCUGAAGGAUAAAGGUGAGCUAAUGCCAUACCACUGCAUUCGUCGUCAUUCAUCAGCAGGUUUGAACACCCUUAGGGGAUGCAGAAUAAAGAUAAUACACAUCAAGGGACUGACCUCUGGGCGCUGAGGGAUAGGCCAAAACAAGGUAAUAUGGCCAUAUUGCUUUAAACCAAUCUUCCCUGGAACUUUCUGAUGGAUGUGAAACGUAUUCAUUUGGACGCAUCCCUAGAUAUUGAUGCACACAGAGGCCGACUCCCAAGGGUGCGGAGGGUUUGGGCUAAAAAUGGGAUAGCUUGGAAAUGAUUGAGAUCCUCACUCUUUAACCAUAUGCCUGUUUGCUGAGCCAGAAGAGAUAAACACAAUCAUUUCAUUAGAAUUGGCCCAGGGGGUUUCCCAAGCAUUUGGGGACUUUGUACAUCAGUCAUAACACGAAAUGGUCAAGAUCCCUUACCCAUUGUCAUACAUCCAAUUGAUGUUCAUGAAGGGACAAAUAUAAGAAUACCACCAGGAUUGGCUCAAGGGUCCAACCCUGCCCCUGGUGGUCAAUCCAAGAUUAAUAACAUGGAAGCUGUUGAGAUCCUUCCACAUAACCAUAUAUAUAUUAUUCAAUUACUGGGUAUAAAGGGAUCAACAGAAUCAUGCUUUUAGAAUAAGCCCCAUGGUCUGUAGAGUUUUUUGCAACAAUAAUUUAAUGAGAAUAUCUUGUCAUGAUGGCUUAAAUAACCAUUUGAGCGAUACAGGCCCUGCGGGCCCCCUUGUUGUAUAGUAAAUCUAUAUACUGGAGCUUUUGAUAGAGAAAUGGGGACAGACAUAGGGUGUGUUCAGUAAGGAAACUGUUUUGGAAUGUAGGGUUUAUAAUCGGAGUUGGAAAUAACGAUUUUAUAUACAUUAAUGUGAAUCUGUAAUUCAACAUUAGAACUUAUUUAUAGAAUCUAGAGAAGCAAAUUUCCAAUUCAAAAUAUUUGAAUCCUUUUUUUUUCACGUUUCUUGAAAUGUACCUGCUCGAAACAAUCCAAAAUGUUUUUUUUUAUUAAACAAUACCCAAGAGAUCUGAUCAAAGUUUUGUCUUUGUGGAGCUUUUGCUAAGAAUUUUCUAAUAAACCUGCAGCAGUAAUUACAGAUUGGCUUUGAUGACAAAUGUACUCUUAAAACUGUGGUAUAAGUAACUGGGAUAUCUGUAACCAGUUGCAGUGAAUUAUAUAAGUACUGUCCUCCAUUAUUAGCCUACAUAAGUACAAAUGUAGCUGUAUUAUUGAAUCGACUGUCGAUUCCUAGUCAUAUUUGGUAACUAUAUUCGCUUGAUAAAGGUUAAUUAUAUCCAAGAGGUUUAGUUUAGUGCAUAUCUAUAUUUAAUAUGACAAAAUUGGGAAAUCAAAAAAACAGUGAAAGGAUUAAAAGAAAAAAAUAUUUUUAUUGAGAAUUCAUUUUCUCCUUUUAAAGUGACCAUGUUCUCGAGUGUGUUUAAGUGAUAGUGACUAUGUUAUACAUUUCUGUACCAUUUAUUCAUUCAUUAAUACUCAACAUUGUAUAUAUGCAUGUUCAUGAAAUUAAAAGUGCUGUGACAUUUGUACACCUGAUAAGGUAGGAAUGUACUACCUUUUUUACAUACAUUUAUACAUGUCUAGUAAACAGAAUAAAAUCAUACUGAUGC